UUAGAAGCGUUUGCGGAAUAUUUCCAGAAAACCACUUUCGGAGAUCGAAAUUUUGUAAAACAAAAUGACCAUAUCGGUGGUGGAUGAAUAUGAGGGAAUUGUGCGCCUCAUCAAACUGUGUUCGGGAGUUUGUGGGGCAAAUGUUUUCGUUGCCAACUAUAAGGUUAAUGUCCUGACAAGGAUUGUGGUGACAUUUAUAAAUCUGUAUUUUAUCUUCACGGGCUAUACGUUGUAUAUUAACAUAUUUAUCGAAAAGGAUUGGACCCAUAUGCUGCAGGUCAUUUGUUUUUUCGGAAGUGCUCUACAGGGCUAUUGCAAGCUGCUGAAUGCCAUUUGGAACAAGGACCAUUUGCGUUAUUUGGUCGAUGAUUUACGUGAAGUCUAUGCCGAAUAUGCUCCGAAACAUGACGAGUAUCGUGACUGCUUACAGAAAAGCAUAAAUACGGCCGUAAAGUGCAUCAAACUGAUGGCCUUCUUUCAUGUGGCCAUUACCGUUGGCCUGAUUGGGGUGGUGCCAUUCUUUCGCUUUGUGUUCAAUGAACGCAUCUUUGUCAUGCAAUUCCAGUUGCCCGGCGUUGAUGGGGAUACCGAAUACGGUUACCUCAUUAUGAAUUGUAUGCACAGUAUUUGCAUUAUUUUCGGGGCAUUUGGAAAUUUUGCAGCCGAUUUGUGUUUCUUUACCUUCGUCAGUCAUUUUCCAUUGUUCAAGGGUAUAUUGUCGUGUAAAUUCCAUGAUUUGAAUGAUGUCCUUGAGGGCAGUGAUGAUGCCAAAAAGGCUGAGUGUAAGGAGAUGCUUAAGGAUAUCUUCCGAUGGCAUCAGAAGUAUAUGAGAUAUAUAACCACCGUAAAGGACAACUAUUUCUGGGUUCUUCUCGUGGAAAUGGCCACAAUUGCUUUGAGCAUAUCUUCAACUCUGUUCUGUCUACUUUUGGGUACCUGGCCAGGUGGCCAAACCUAUCUCUCCUAUUGCUUUAUAAUGUUGUAUAUUUAUUGUGGCCUGGGUACUGUCGUUGAAGUGACCAAUGAUAGCUUCACCGAUUUGUGUUACACCCAAGUGAUUUGGUAUAAGCUACCCGCAGCCGAGAGAAAAAUGUUGCUCAUGAUGUUGAUGAUGGCUCAAAAAACCGGAGGUCUUACAAUUGGCGCUGUCAUUCCGCUGACCGUGAAUACCGGUCUACAAUUAACCAAACUUAUUUACACCAUGACAAUGAUGUUGAUCAAUUUUCUUGAUUAAAUACUACUAAAUAUUUUCAAGUAAUAAUAUAAAUAUAUUUAAUCUCAUUUAAAGGAAAUUGACUAAUUAGUUUAAGGAAAUUAAACGUAAUAAAUUGUAGCAGAUUAUAAAUAAAUGCACUUUUAUUCACUAACUUCUCCAAUCAAAAAAUAGAAUCUGAUUAAAAAUGUACAGCGUCAUUACUCUAAGAAAUUAUUAGUUAUUUUUAUCGGAAACAUGUCAUUUAUUUACUCAAAAUAAAUCAGUUUCGAAUAUUAAAAAUAUUA